AGCUCGUCCCUCCUGGAACCCUGCGCUGCUCGCUACUAGUGAAACAAUUCAACUAAAAGGAAAGUUCACCUGCAGCCAUCUGCAAGCAGCAUAAAGUUCGAGUUUAGAUUAAAAACUUGCAGACAGGUCGCACGGUGGUAGAUCGGACCAAAACAAAAAGCGUUUGCCGGUAUUCAUUGGGCUUUUUGGUGACCUUGUUUGUGCGCGCAGUGAUCUUACCGGUGGUUGGCUGUGAAGAAGCGGCAAACAAAAAAAGAAGAAUUACCUGUAGCUCGGGUUCUGCCUUAUCCCCCAGUUCGUCCAUACACCUUUACCUGCACAGACUUGAAAGUCCAGUUUCACAAGCGACAGAACAAGAGAGAGGGAAAAGGGGGAGUUUGUGGGAUCAAGUAUGUCACAGGAUACGGACAACAGCAAGAGGCUGGUGGUGGUGGUACCAAACGAGACCUCAUUCCACUCCCGGCGGGCCUACACGAGCGAGGAUGAAGCCUGGAAAUCUUAUCUGGAAAACCCCCUGACGGCAGCCACCAAGGCCAUGAUGAGCAUCAACGGAGACGAGGACAGCGCGGCAGCUCUGGGGCUCCUCUACGAUUACUACAAGGUUCCCAAAGAAAAGAGACUUUUGCCUUUAAACAAAGUGACUGAAAUUCAAGAUGACCAUGAGAAAAGUAGGAGCUGUCUGGGUGAAAACGAUGGGCAGAAUGACAUGGCUGCAAUUGACAACCGAGUCCAAGUGCUGAAGUCCCUCCCGGUGAACCUGUCCCUGAACUCUGAGCACAUAGAGUCUUCCAAAAGGGAGCACUACAGCACGCACCCCCAGGAGGGCACCCCUUCGGCCGCGGGCAAGGAGGGGGUCUACACCCCUGUGUUCAUGGUCCCCGGUGUGCACUACAGCCGCGGGGACAGUGAGGAGCAGCCUAGGGUCAUCUUCGAGCCCAGCCCCUACGAGGUGCCCUCCAUCCAUCACUCCAGCUACCUAAAGGAUGACCAGCGCAGUACGCCAGACAGCACUUAUGACGAGUCCUUCAAAGAAGAGCCAGAGAAAUACCGCCCGUCAUCUUUGGGGCCUGACGAAUUCCUCUAUGACCCACCAGGAGCAGAAACUUUCCAGUACAUGUUAGAAGCCACCAAAUCUCUAAAACAGAAGCAAGGGGAGGGGCCGAUGACCUAUUUAAACAAAGGACAGUUCUACGCCGUGACGCUGAGCGAGACGGGCGCCAAUAAAUGCCUUCGACAUCCCAUCAGCAAAGUCAGGAGUGUCAUCAUGGUGGUAUUCAGUGAAGAUAAGAACCGAGAUGAACAGCUGAAGUACUGGAAAUACUGGCACUCACGGCAGCACACAGCAAAGCAGAGGGUCCUUGAUAUCGCUGAUUACAAAGAAAGUUUUAACACCAUUGGGAAUAUUGAAGAAAUCGCUUACAAUGCAGUCUCCUUCACCUGGGAUGUGAAUGAGGAAGCAAAGAUCUUCAUCACAGCAAACUGCCUGAGCACGGAUUUCUCCUCUCAGAAGGGCGUCAAGGGCCUGCCGCUGAUGAUCCAGAUCGAUACUUACAGCUACAACAACCGCAGCAACAAACCCAUCCACAGGGCCUACUCCCAGAUCAAAGUGUUCUGUGACAAGGGAGCAGAGAGGAAAAUCAGAGAUGAAGAAAGGAAACAGAACCGUAAAAAGACAAAAGGCCAGAGUGCUUCUUCCCAGUCCAGCUCAAAAGACGCAAACUUGCCUGCAUUACCGGCCCAGAAGAGAGGGGAUACCGCCUACUUCAAAACCAUGACGGAUCUCGAUUCGCAGCCUGUUCUCUUUAUACCUGAUGUGCACUUUGGGAAUUUGCAGAGAACAGGACAGGUGUUUGCUUUCAACACAGAAGGGAUGGAGAGAGACGGCAGCGUACUGGUGAAAAGAAUGUUCCGGCCUUCUGAAGAGGACUACAGCCCCUCACCACCUAAACAGAUAAAAGAAGAAGUAAACAAACGAGGCCUGGCUUCUGUCCCUCCAGUGCUUCUCUAUGUACGCAAGGAAUCGGAUGAAGUGUUUGACGCUCUGAUGCUCAAAUCACCGACUGUGAAGGGGCUGAUGGAUGCGGUGUCUGAAAAGUAUGGAGUUCCCAUUGAGAAGAUGAUAAAAAUGUACAAGAAAAGCAAAAAAGGUAUUUUGGUAAACAUGGAUGACAACAUCAUUGAGCACUACUCCAACGAAGACACUUUUGUAAUGCAUAUUGAGAACAUUGGCGAUGCCUACAAAAUCACGUUGACAGAAAUCUAAUGAGACUCCGGGUUUGCUGACUGAAAACCUGAAGCUAUCCGAUUCUCACAAGAUAAUAUGAGGGAGGGAGAAGAAGAUGCCUGCAGAUUAAGCGACUGGGAAAGACCUGUUAUUGAUGCACUGAGACUGAGUUGGUUUGUCAAGUGGACAGAUUUUGUAAAUAAACUUUGCGUGACCAGUGUGGUGUUACUGCAUUGUCUAUCAUCCAUAUUGUGCAUGAAGAAGGAAUGAUAUUGUAAAAUAUAGACAAUGGUUCAAAUUUUUAAUAAGUGGAUAAACACUGUUUCAAUCUUCCUAGAAGGUGGUACUUCAUUUCUGACUGUCUCAUUGGUACAAAUUCUAGUAUGCUGUUAAUGCUAGUGCAGACUUCUUUUUUUGUACCACUGGACAGUAAUUAUAUAAAACCCUGUGGACUAAAGUAGGUUUGGCUCCUGUUACACAGUCACCAUUCUUCUGUUGAGCCUAGUGGUAGCAGAACAUUACUGAGAGAGACACAUUUGGCCUGCUGCUCUUGCCAAGAAGUGACAUAGUUAAAAUAGGUUUUGUUGAAAUAUUGUUUCACCCACAUGUGAUUCAGCAUGAUUCUUAAGUGAGACACCCAAAUCUUUUCCCAAGUUUUGCAGUUUGGACAGAGAUUAGUGAUGUGGUGCCUUCUCCAUGCAAGCCUGAGGUUGGAGGAGAGGUGGGCUGUUGUCUUUUGUAUGUAAUUGCCUUCCUGUCUCCAUCUUUGUGAAUCUGAAUUGUGGGGGAGAUCUAGUAACUUCUUUCCAGUAUGGGUUACCGCUGUCUGGUAUAAGCACCAGCUCUGCUUACCGUCCCAGAUUAUCAUUCACCUUACCAGUAAUCAGCACAAUGGGCGAGAUUUUCUUAGCCAUUUACUCUAAAUUGUCAUUUGUGCGAUUUCUUUCUACUAGUAGAAAUGCACCUAAUACCGUUACCAACCCACAAAUAAAUAAGACAUGUCGUUUAAGGGCUUGUUAUGAGUCUAAAAUAGUUUAUUAUUUAAGAAAUGCAAUUUAUGGUUUUUUUUUUUCUUUCGCACAAAAAAUGUGCUGUUGUCGUUUUGGAGUAAUUCGCUUUUGAGAGUUUUGCCCAAGCAUUUCUUUUGUCAAUCCUGUGGGACUCUUUGUUUGGAAUCUUGUUAAAUACCUCUUAAGACUUCCCAGUGUAGCACGAUAAGGACUAUUUUUUAUUAUUUUUAUUUUUUAUUAAAAUAUAUUUCUUACGUAACUAUAGUGUUUUGUUAUAUAAAUUUUAAUAAUGUGCAAUAAUAUAUUUGAUAUAUUUGGCAUAUUUACUGCCAUUAUACAUUCCCUGGGAUGAGUUUUUUUCCUAAAACAUUAUUUUUACGUAGUGUCUUCAACACAUAAAAUACCUUUUGUAUCUUUUUUUAUUACAAUUUUUAUUAUUUUGUUCUUUUUUUUUGUAAACAAAAAAAAAAAAACACAGGUUGUAAACCUGUGAUGUCUGCAAGUCAUACUUAUGGAUCCUCAGCCUGUUGCAGCUACAAUUAAGAACCUACUGAGCAGCAUAAUUCAUGUUUCAAUAUUUUAAUUUAAAACUGCCAUAUCCAGAAUAUGACAAAUCUUUAUCAGUCAGUUUGGCAAAGUGUCUAGAUAUAAGAAUACAUUUGGAGGAUGGAUCUCUC